AUGCUCCCUCUGCGCAACCAUAUACCCCACCAUGUCAGCAUUCUCGACCCCAGGGACUAUGAAGUAGUCUGGAUAGCCCCUCUAGAGAUUGAGGCACGCGCAGCCCUCUACUUGCUUGACGAGCGGUUUGACGGCAAAUUCGCCGUUACGCGGGGUGACGAGUAUGUCUACCACGCCGGCAGGAUGUGCGGGCACAAGAUCGUUAUCGCCGCACUACCGGCAGGCCAGGAAUACGGAACAGGAUCUGCGGCUGCGCUCGCGAGCCAGGUUAAAAAGUUCUUCCCAAAUCUGUGGUUUGGCCUUCUCGUCGGCGUCGCCGCAGGAUUGCCCGAUCUAACCCGAAAGCCUCCAAGAGAUAUCCGGCUCGGCGAUGUACUCGUUGGUCUUCCCCAAGGUGAUGGUGCCGGACUGAUCGCAUAUGAUCUGGGAAAGGAAACAGCCAGUGGGUUCCAGCCGCUCCGAGGGGGCCAAGUUCUAGCAAUGACCGAACCUAUCGUUCGCUCGGCUAUUAGUAAUAUCAAGCUGGAGGCUCCAAAUGACGCACACAAGUUCCUCCCUUAUUACGAGGCAAUCCGUGACAAAGAGCAUGCAGAUGGGACAUUCGCCGACCCUGGAGAAAGCAAUGAUGCAUUAUAUCUUGUGACAGACGACGAGACUAUACAGCGAGUGGAUCGUGUUCCACGCCCCAAGGAAAAACGCACCCGUGUAUGGUAUGGGCCAAUCGGAUCCGGUGAAAAAUUGUCAAAGAGCGCGCGAGUAAGAGAUGAACUCCGAGAUAGGUACGGCUUGAUCGGACUGGAAAUGGAGGCGGCAGGAACUAUGAAUCGAAUUCCCGUCGGCGUGAUUCGUGGAGUUUGCGACUACGGCGAUGAGCACAAGAACAAGGAGUGGCAACCGUAUGCAUCGGCCAUGGCGGCAGCGUACGGUAAGGCCGUGCUUGCUGAAAUAGUGCCAAUGCACAAGCCGACAGCAGAAAGCCCGACAGAAAACAAACCCACGACAUCAGACAAAUCUACCGGGCCAUUUUACUAUAUGCAAAUGUCCAAAAAUGCACGGUUUACUGGUCGAGCAGCAAUUUUGCAAGCGCUGCAGGAGAAGCUUUUCGGUCAGCAACCAUGCGAGAGAGUAGCACUCGUCGGGCUUGGGGGUGUAGGCAAGACGCAGAUUGCCGUUCGCUUUGCUUACCAAAUCAAAGAAAGCCAGUCGGACUGUUCAAUCUUCUGGGUUCCUCUUUUGGGCAAAAGCAGUCUGGAGCAGGCCUACAUCGAAAUCGCCAAGAGGAUUGGUCUGCAGCAGAACAAGGACGAAGAUAUCAAGGACCUUGUUUGCCGAUACCUCAGCUCGGACCAAGCUGGGCAGUGGCUCAUGGUGGUUGACAACGCAGACGAUCGCGAUCUAUUGUUUGGAGAGAGCGACAGUACUGGUGUUGAGGAGUUUCUACCUCAAAGCGAGCAAGGCUCGAUCCUGCUAACAACACGGUCAAAACAAGUGGCCGUCGAGUUCUCACAAGGAGAAGUAUUUGACGUGGAACAGAUGAGCUACGAUGAAGCCCUUCCAUUUUUGGAGAAAUCGCUACACAAAAUUCCUGGCCCACAAGACGACAAUUCUAUAAGAGAACUUUUUACGCAUUUGACCUACCUCCCGCUUGCAAUCGCGCAGGCAGCAGCCUAUCUCAACGAAAAUAUGAUGCCAAUCCGCAAAUACUUAGGUCUCUUGCGUGGUGCCGAAAAUGACGUUGCUAGAGUUCUUGGUCGAGACUUCAAGGAUUACACUCGAUAUAGGAGCUCACGAAACGCUAUAGCGACGACAUGGCUCAUCUCUUUUGAGCAGAUCCAGAAGUCCAACCGCGCUGCUACAAAGAUUCUUUCGUUUCUGUCCUGUAUCGAGCCCAAGGCGAUACCCGAGUCGAUCCUCCCAAAGUGUGAAUCGGAGGUAGAGCUGCAAGAGGCUAUCGGCAUGCUUUGUGGGUAUUCCUUUCUGGUGCGGCGAGGAGAUAGUGAUGUAUUCGAUAUGCAUCAUCUAGUGCAGCUGGCCACACGCGGAUGGAUUGAAAAGGGUGGGAUGCAAGAGGAGGCACUGAGUGAAGGAGUAAGCCAUCUUGCAAGCACAUUCCCCUCGGACUAUGUCAUAGAGCAUGACACUCAGCUUCAGUAUUUGCCACAUGCAUUCAGGGUACUGGCAAGAAGUAGUGAUCUCGAAACGGCAGAGCGGGCGCAUUUGUGUAUGAAUGUCGGGAUAUGUUUAUUUGUAGACCGUCGGUUCAAAGAAGCUAUCGGCUAUUUCGAAGUUGCAUACCACUACAGGAAAACGAUUUGCCCAGAAGACGAUCACUCUCGGCGUUAUUCAGAGUCCAUGCUUGCCAGCACAUACCUAGACGCUCGGCGGAUCAGAGAGGCAAUCGAGAUAUUCGAGCACCUAACGUCGGUAAAUAAAACGAUACUAGUCGACGAGAGUGCUUUUCGAUUAGCCGCCGAACACGAACUCGCGCGUGCCUACUUUGAGAACCGACAGACUCAAAAAGCGAUCGAGAUACUCGAGCAUGUGGUAUUAGUUCGAAGAAGAAUAUUGGACGAAAAAGACGGAGGUCGAGUUGCGUCGGAGCAGAUGCUUGCCGCCGCAUAUAGUCACGAUGGGCGACUCAAAGAGGCAAUCGAAAUUCUCGAGCCAGCAGCAUCGGUGCGAAACAUGACGCUCGCCGAAGAGGACCAUGAUCGCCUUACAACAGAAUACUCACUGGGCUCUGCUUACCACAAAGACGGGCGUAUCAAAGAAGCAAUCAGAAUUCUCGAGCAUGUCGUCUCGGUGCGAAGGAAAACGCUGGCCGAAGAGGAUCACGAUCAGCUUCUGUCACAACACGAACUGGCCAGCGCAUACCUGGACGACGGGCGGGUUAAAGAGGCAAUCGAAAUUUUCGAGCAUGUUGUCUCAAUUAAAAGGACGACGCUAGCCGAAGGGGAUCACCAACAGCUUGCGUCACAACACGAACUGGCCCGCGCUUACCUGGACGACGGGCGGGUUGAAGAGGCAAUCGAAAUUCUCGAGUAUGUUGUCUCGAUGCAAAGGAUGACGCUGGCUAAAGCGGAUGAUGUUCGACUUCUAUCGGAGUGCGUGCUUGCCAGAGCCUAUCUCGCCGACUAUCAGGCUCAGAAAGCGAUCGAUCUUCUCGAAAACAUUGUAGCUUUACGCCAACAGGAUGAUCCCAAAAGGCCAUAUGCCGUUGACUUAUUGCUUGAUGCGCGUGAUCAAUUGGAGGCGGAACGAGGGCCUACAGAUGUUUACAGUGAUAGCUCUGAUUAG